GCCGCCGCCGGCGCUGUGUGGGGCGCCGCCAUCUUCUCCUCGUCCCCGCCGUCCGCCGAGCCCCGCCGCCGCCAUGCCGGACGAGCCGGACCCGGAGGUGUACAAAGCGCCGCCGAGCCGUACUCCGGUCUUGGAGAGCACCUCGACUCUGCCCAACCCGGUCACCUUCAUCCAGACCGCGUUCAACUAUGUCAUCGAUGCGCCCGUUACCUUCGUACGAGAGUGGAUCGAGCGCCAGCAAGCCAAGAACAAGUCCUAUUACUACCACCAGAAGUUUCGCCGUGUGCCCGACGUGAGCGAGUGCCUGGAGGGGGAUUACCUCUGCUUCUAUGAGGCUGAAGCGCAGUGGAGGAGGGACAGGUUGGUGGAUCAGCAGAUUGUGGAGAUAAUCCGGGAAAGGCUCGGUGCAUGCAAGCAUAGGGAAGGACCAAACCAUUUUCAGAAUUGUGCCAAGGAAGCGAAGCAGCUUGCACAGGUUACCAAAGCCUACCAAGACAGAUAUGGUGAUCUUGGUGUCCACGGAAAUGCCAGGACAUGUCUGAUGAAGCAGAAGCACAGGAUGAUAGAAGAAAUGAAGGCACAAGAAAAUGCAUCUCAGUAGAUACAGAAUAAUUAGCACCUCCAUCAGUGGUGCUUUUAUCAAAUCCUGUGUUGCAUCUGUGAACUGUGAUGUUCUACAAUAAACUUGCAAACCCAAACAUCUGCCAUACCAUUA